UGUGCUCGAGAUAUAAAUUCGAGGGCGGUCUGCACGGACUUCUUGAUUCACGAUCGAGUACUGAUCAGUCCCAAAGUUCUUUUUAGAGGUAACCGCCCGAUUGAUCGAACAGACGGACAAUUGGAUUCCGAGAGCUGGCCACAAACAUUUGAAGAAAAUUCACAACAAUGUUUCCUUUCUGUAAUGAGGAAAUCCGUCGUGGUCUCAAUGAUGUUAUCGACAAGGUUUUCAUGACGCCUCCGGCUACCAGACCUACCACAGCUCUCUCGCCCAGUGCAUUUGGGAUUGACGUUCAAUUCCAUCCAUACCGCCGCCGUCAAGUUUCCACUGGAGUCGGGCCAUCAGCAGCGUGUGAACGACCGAUCACGCCACCGUGGACGAGGCCGCAGAAGAGGGCGAAGGGUACUUCGACGAGAUUUGUGCCCCAUGAGGAAAUCCAUCAACCAGGACUACUAUCUCCCAGCAGACACUCCCAAACCGCAUCGAUCAAACCAUACUCGAGACUCGAACUCGAAAUCAUGGACCUAGGAAUUACGCCCGCACACACCCCGUGUCCCAACACGAGCCGCCCGUCAACUCCCUCGACCAGUCUCUCCACGCGCUACGACACCAUUUUCGAGCCUCGACCAGCAACUCCUUAUGUUGUUAAUCCCCUCUCUGUCCUCGCCUCCGUCGCCGACGCUGAACGUUUUCGUACAGAGAAGGACAUCAUCAACGAUUUCCCCGUCAAGAGGGACGAUGAUGUCGAGGGGGCUGAAGAUGUACUCAUGGAAGGGAUCAUGUACUCUAGCUCGCCUUUGACUUUCCUGUCCGACGAGCUCGAAGGAUUGGUGGAGCCGGUCAUGAUUAGGAGGAUUGAGGCACCGAAAAUGAGGAGGUCACUAUACUUUGAAUGUCAGCCCGAUGAGCAAAAAGGGAAGGUCAGGCUAAAUACUCCGCAACCUGAAGAUAUUGACCACGGAUACGUGGCUGUGGAGGGCGAGUCCCACUGUGCGUUUCCCUGGUUGAGUAGUCCGCCUGCAGCACCAUGGGAGAGAAGGGAGGAUGUACCGAUCUCCCCGGCCACCUCACACAAGACCUCGAACCACGCAGCUGACUUCCAGAUUUAUGAAGAUCGGGAGGAGUACGAAGGAGGAUUCACGGAGUACGAAGGUUGUGGAGGAGGGGAGACAUGUAUUUUCAACAACGAGAACUGUGCAAUCCAUCUCCCUUCCCACGACUUCCGCGCGGCGUCUUCCUCACCUUGUCCUGUUCGCGAGGAAGAUGGUGGUAGCGAGGACGAUGAAAGAGGAGAGGAGGAUGUGAUGGGGGAAGGUGGUGUCUGUGAUGUUUGUGGGUGGGAGUUGGGUGUAUGGAAGCCUGAGCCGAGGAAGUCGGUUGAGACGUGCUGUUCGAGGGGGUGGUAAAACCUGAGCGAAGAAAUGCGAUGAGAGGAGACCG